AUGGGUGAAGUCUAUAUCAAAAGGAAUGGUCGCGUGCCUCCUGAAUCUUUGGCCCGUCGUAUCGGUGGAUGGCUACCGUCAAACCCUCACCGAAUUCAAAAACAUGUGAGGGAGGUGCUCAGGCAAGCGAAGGCCGCGAACUUUCCCAUCGCUCCACCCAUCGCCACCCUCCAGAAUCUCCUCAACAGUACCCCAACCGUCCGCAUGCUCUUCACCGAGAUGCUCACAGAGGUUCCUGCCAAGUACACAAGUUAUCCCGGAGGCGCGCCCAACGCUGAGUGCAGAACCGUGGACGAUCUCAUCGCCGCCUUGAAUUACCAGAUCCAGAACCCGAUCAGUUGGAACGACUCGGUUCAGAUCGGUACCCCGAUCAACGGCCUUCUCGACUGGCCAAUGGCUACCAAGGCCGGCUUCGCAGCAUUCAUUCGAGACGACGUCAACAACGUCUUCCAAGAAAUGCUGAAAUACUGGGGUGUAUUUCUGAGGAGCCCGGCAUCCAAUGUAACAAUCACAACGGCCAAAGAUGGAUGGCUGUCGACCGAAGCACAGGCUAAGGGUGGCUUGAAGAACUUUCUCAAGACCUACGUAGUGCCUGAUCCUACCAACACCAUCACCUAUGGAUUUGAAAACUGGGACCAGUUUUUCACACGCCAAUUCCUCCCUGACCUUCGUCCCGUUGCAUCGCCGGACGAUGACAAUGUCAUUGUCAGCGCAACUGAAUCGACCCCGUUCGAAAUUCAACGACAGGUCCAGCUCCAGGAUACCUUCUGGGUAAAGAAUCAAGAUGAACGCUCCAACUACAGUCUUGCCGACAUGCUCGGGGGGAAAGAGAUUGCUGAGAAAUUCGUGGGCGGCACCGUCUAUCAGGCGUUCUUGAGCGCGGACAGCUAUCACAACUGGCACGCCCCCGUCUCUGGCAAGUACUUCCAGCCUCCUACAAUCAUCAACGGCACGUACUACUCGGAGCCCAUCAUGUGGAGCUUCAACAACGACCAGGGCAAAUCCGACCCUGAUAAGGCCUCGGACGAGCUCUCGCAGGGCUACAUCUCUGCUGUUGCCAAGCGCGGCGUGGCUCUGAUCCAGGCAGAUAACCCAGCCAUUGGACUCAUGGCGAUCGUUAUGAUCGGCAUGGCCGAGGUCUCGUCGGUUGACUUCUUUGAAAAUUCCAACAAUUGCUUCAAGAAGGGUGAUCCGAUCGGAUGCUUUCACUUUGGUGGUUCGACGCACUGUUUGAUCUUUGGGCCCAACGUGAACGUUGAGUUCGCCCCAAACGCGGAUCCGUACCCGAAUCUUCAUUAUAACGAUAACCAUCACCCGCAGGUUCAAGUCAAGAGUCUGCUCGCUACUGUGACACCUCCAAGCAACUGA